UACUGAAUUUGAUAGAAUAACAAUAUGCCCAGAGCAAUGCUACUAUCUACAGGAACAUUUCUGGGGGGAAAAAUGGUCACAGCAGUACCAACUCAAGCAUACUUUCCACUACUGUAAUCUUCUGUUCCCUUUCAUAACUACUACCAACUGACUACAACAUAGAAACACAUAGUAAUGUUACCUUUUUCUAAACAAUAUGAGAAUGUGAUCAUGUGUGGAGUUUCAGAGACAAGGUAACUUGAAGAAACUCUGUUACAAUGAAUGUGUACCUUUUGAAGAUUUUGAGGAUACUUCCAAUAUUAACGUUAACUUUCACAGUUCUGGUAUUUUGUGUUACUGUCUGCAUUGACAGUGCCAACAGCAGCUUUAUAAUAUUCAUCUUUAUGUCUGUGGAAGUGUAUGUAAAUUGGAUUGCUAUAUGUCAUAUCAGUCAUUCAAAUGCCGAUCCUCUAGUGUCAAGGAUAACAGACGAUGUACCGCACAAGAACAGUGUGAUACUAGACAUAAACCCAAGAAAUGCAUCUGUGACAUAUGGACAAAGUCACUAUAAUCACAGAUGUUGGGAGACUCCAAAUAAAAGUAAUAUGAAUCAAGGCAUUUCAUCACAGUAUACAGAUAUCCAAAAAAUAUGGUACUGUUCCAAAUGUCUCACAAAUACACCAUUCAACUGUCAUCAUUGCCCUUUGUGCAACAGAUGUGUUAUCCAGCGUGAUCACCACUGCCUGUUUCUGGGAGCUUGCAUCUGUUUGAAAAAUAUGGGUCACUUUAUUAUACUUUGUAUGUAUGUAGGUUUAGUCAGCCUGUAUGUGGACAUUCGCUUGUUUCCGCUGUUGUUUGAGCAUUUUGAAAGUCAAGAGAAAGACACAAUAAGUUUGUGGCAUCUAAGUUCUCGCUGUUUCUUUCCCAUAGCAUUUGGACGGUGGUUAUCAGGUCACGAAGAACUUUUAUUUCUUUUACUUGUUGCAAUGUUCAAUGUUUUGGUGCCUACUUCUGUGUUCACAUUCGGUUUUGGACUUCAUCAUUUAUAUCUGGCUCUCACUGGACAAUGCCAGAUUAGGAUGACUGGGCAUAAUGAAAUUCAUAAUUCAUACUCUAAAGUAAGUUUCAGAGAUGUCCAAAAUAAUUUUUCUAUUGUGUUUGGAAAAUGGGGAGCAUUAAAUUUUAUAUUUCCAGUUGUACUAUUAGAAAAAUUACUGCGCUUCAAAUAUUUUCAAGAUUCUAAAUACAACUAGAUACUUCUAAAGAAUUUAUAACAUAUUUCAUGUUGUGGUCUUCUGAGUUGUCCAUUGUGUGGCCUUGUAGAUAGCAAUUUAUCAAAAAAAAUGGUGCCUCCAUCAUCAGGGUUGAAGUGAUGAGUAAAGAUGAGGUUAGAUUACAAAGGCAUUGUGACAGGGACAGGAAGAACCCUGAGUGAGAUCUGAGGUUCUCAUAGAGUAAAAAAUAUAAUCUCUUGAGCUGUAUGUAGUCUGUUAGAAGUUUACUGAUGUGUGCUUGCAUGGUUUUUCGUAACUUGCACUCUUCUCCAAGUAUAAUUAGAACAAUCAAG